UCUCAAGUCCAAGGGCACCAUCGCCAACAGAUCCAACACACAUACACUAUAAAAACUGAGUACUUACAAUUUACAACUCACAAGUACAAUCACAACCACAACUCACAACUUACUACCUGCUCUUUACAUUGUUGAACCAAGUGCACAUAUCGUUGAUACGGUUCUAAGUGGUGCCCGAUCGCGAUUCACCGGUCACGAGGACCCGUUCCAGGUUUAGUUAUAAUCCAAAUAGUCAUCAGGCUUAAUACCCGAUUCUAACGUUUGAUCGAGAACAAUAGGGUUCCAAGGCAGCUAGAGCAGAUAACUUGAUUUGCAAUGAGUCACUCGAGUGCGUUAAUCUUGACAGUGUCACUCCUAGUAUGGGGCCACUUUGUACUGGGUGACGGAGCGUCAUCCACAUUUAGUUCUUCAGGUCCAUUGUCAUCGACACCAACGGCUGUUUCAGAACCCUCAGGUGCUUCCGGGCCGGACUACACCGGACCGUCGGCAGGCUCGGACGAAUGCGAUCCUGAGAUGGUCGGCUUCGAGCUUGUCACCGGAUACGUUUAUACAGCGCCCACCAACAUGCUAGAAUCUAUACCCGGUAUACUUAUGCUCACUGAUUGCUUGGAAACCUGUCAGGCGAACGACUCUUGCCAGGCGGUCAAUUAUGAAACCGGACUCUGUGUACUAUUUAGUUCUAAUGCUGACAACAAUCCAGGUGCAUUGACGCAAUCUCAGUUCCCAGUGUUUACAAUAUACGCCCAGAAGAGCUGUUUGGCGGUUAAACCUUGUGAGCGUGCAUGGUGCAUCGACAGAGUCCAAGGUCAUCGGCUGCAAGGUCACACUAAAAGAAGUACCAGUGCGUCGUCACGUCAGCACUGCCUUGAGUUGUGUCUGGGCGAGCGGGACUUUUUGUGCCGCUCUGCAAAUUAUGCAAACGCAACAAAAGUAUGCGAGUUAUCGGACAUGGAUCGUCUGACUAUUGCCGGGUCAAGUGCAUUCCAAACUUCAAAAGGAUUUGAUUACUUGGAGAAUCACUGCGUUGAUGAACCGGUUAAACUUUGUGAAUUCAAGAAACUUACUGGUCGCAUACUGAAAACAGUUGAUUCUGUUCAUCAAGACAUUGCUACCUCUGAUGAAUGCCGUGAGUUGUGUCUCAAUUCGCCCUUCCGGUGCCAUUCUUACGAUUAUGGUGACACUGGUGACAUGGUAUGCCGACUGAGUCAUCAUGCACGUGCAACACUCUCUGAUAUCCAGGAACCAUAUCUUGAUGUACCGGAAGCCUCAACUUACGAACUGAGCUCAUGCUACAACGUGACAAUAGACUGCAGAGCUGGUGACAUGGUGGCACGGAUCCAAACAAGCAAACUCUUCAACGGCAAGGUUUACGCAAAGGGCUCGCCAAACUCGUGCGUCAAGGACAUCAAAGGAGCACUUGAAUUCGAGUUGCGUAUGGCGUACGACGAUCUCGAGUGCAAUGUCAGAUCACAGGGACUUGGUCGUUAUCUAAAUGACGUUGUGAUCCAGCAUCACGACACAAUCGUGACCAGUUCGGACCUCGGAUUGGCCGUCACCUGCCAGUACGAUUUAACAAACAAAACGGUCUCCAACGAAGUCGACUUGGGUGUCCAAGGAGACAUUACGCCAGCUCUAUACGAAGAAGUUAUAGUUGACUCACCCAAUGUUGCGAUGAAAAUAACAGAUCGUAAUGGCAAUGAUGGUAUGCCCUCCGCUGAAGUUGGCGAUCCCCUGGCACUUAAGUUCGAGAUACUGGAUCCAAAUAGCCCCUAUGAAAUAUUUGUCCGCGAGCUCGUUGCCAUGGACGGGGUUGACUCCAGCGAAAUUGUCCUUAUCGAUGCUAAUGGAUGCCCCACAGACCACGUUAUCAUGGGACCCCUCUAUAAGGCCACCACCAACGGCAAGAUUCUACUGUCACACUUUGAUGCCUUUAAAUUCCCCAGCUCCGAAGUGGUUCAAUUCCGUGCAUUAGUAACACCCUGCAUGCCGAGCUGCGAACCAGUCCAGUGUGACCAAGAAGAGUCAACCGGAGAGUUGCGGUCAGUAAUAAGCUAUGGGCGACGACGCAGACGUCGGUCAACCAGCGCAUCCUCAGCCCAACGCGAAGACUUGCUGCUCGUUCAAUCAAUCCAGAUAACCGAUAAAUUUGGUUUCGAACGAGACGGCAAGUCGUCGGCUAGUAACCUUACGUCAACUCAAUCACGCGAUACUAUUUUUGUCGAGUCUCAAGACAUGACUGGCGUCAAUGGACUCUGUAUUAACAUGGCGGAAGCGAUAAUAGCCGGUACCGUAUUCAUAAUAGCCCAGAUAGUUGUUAUCGCCGCGUGGACAUUCACCUGGCAGCGGCGCAAGCAAAUUCUUAAGCACCAAGAGGCCCUCUCAGUAUCUGUAUCAGUACCCGGUCUGCAUAGCGGCAUACCCAGCCGUACUGACAGUCUCUGCAAGCUCUACGACGCCGGUUAUUCACGCAGAUUUUAAUCUUUUAAUCUAAUCUCAUCGCCACAGUUCAUAUUCAUUUAUAAUUUUUAAUUUUUCGUGUUCUUUUUUACUUUUUCUAUCCUCAUAUUACUAGAAGAAGUAAGAGAUUGCACAAAAUCCUAUUUUUAUUGCUGCUCAUCGCUCUUUGAGCAGCAAUUUAAACUGGACGAAUAUCAAAAAGCGGACCCACGGUGGAAAAAAAAAAAAUAAAACAUGAAUUAAAAUUUUUAGCGUAAGUCAGUCGGCAUUUAAAUGCCGAUUUUUUUACUUAAAAAUUUUAUUUCAUGCCAACUAUUUUAUUUACUAAUUCUAAGUAUACAAGCUGCCUUGGUCUGACAUUUUUUUUACCAUGAGUCGAUUCAGGUUGAGCCGGAUCAUCUGACCGUAGACGAACCGCUUGACCUGAUCCCACUCAAAAACACUUUUUUUUUAUUUUAUUUUUAAACCAAGGAGAUUUUCGCGGUCAUUUUUACCGAUCAUAAUCACGAAGUCAUGAGACUCGCUUACGUAUUUUCUUUUUUUUUUUAUUAUUGCGCUAGUCUCUGAUUUCAAUGAAACUUUUUUUUUUUAAUUAGUCAAUUAAAUGAAAUAAAUAAGAGGAUCUGACGUUUGAUAAAAAAUAAAAUUACUUGAGUAAGAAAACGGACAAUGAGAUCGGACAAAAUAUAAAUUUAUAAAAUAAUAAUAAUAAUAAUAAUAAUAAUAAUAAUAAUAAUAAUAAUAAUAAUAAUGAUGGUGACAAUAGUCUUUGAGUCCUCAGACAGAAGCUGGAUCGUUAAUAUUAUUUUUAUUUAGUCUAAUUGACAGUAAAAAAUGUGAAUUGUUUAAAAAAAAAUAAAAAAUAAUAAUAAUAAUAAUAAUAAUAAUAACUAGAAAAAUAAAUGAAAGUCAUUUAUAUAAAAAUCCUUAGUACGUGUGGCGAUAGUACUUUAGGUAAGAUUUACGCGCGAUAAACGUUUCCAUAGUUCUUCUUGGGCGCUCUAACACAGAUGUCUUUAUUCGGCGAGUUCUUUAGUAUUAGCGAGAGAAAAGUAGGAGAAACGGGCCAUUACCAGUCCGAAAACUAUGAGAAUCUCUCGGUUACUCACGAGUGUGUGGGUGUGGGUUCUGCGCUCUCGGUGAAAUCAAUUGUCUUGGCAACGUUGAUGUGUGACGGGAACAAACUUUUAUAUAAAGCUUUUUGUAUUAUUUCGUUAAAUUUCUUACUCGCGAAACAAAAACAAAAAAUAAUAUAGUAAUUUUGACUUGUGAAAACAUGAUGAAUUAAUGGAUUAAAUUUUUUUUUUAUUUGAAAGAAAUUUAAUUUAUAUGAGUGUACGAAUAAUUAAAACUUUCGAAUUAUUUGUUAAUUUUUUAAUUUAAAAAUAAAUUUUUAUAAAUAUAAAAUCUUGUAAUAAAUUUUUUUUCGUAAUUACAAGUUGGAUAAAAAUUUUAUGUUCAAAUUUCGAACAGAAUAUUCAAAUAAUUCGAAAAUAGACGAAUAAUUGAAAACUAUUCGUACACUUUUAUUCAUUUAAUAAAACAAAUAAAAAAAAAAUAGUUUAAUUUAAAUAUUAAUGAAGGAAUUAAAAUCUCGUGUAUAAAAUAAAAUAUUUAAUUAGACAAGACACAAAUUAAGAGAUUAUGUAAAUGUCAAAUGUGUGGAUAUAUAUGUAUAUAUCCAAUGAAAACGAUGACGAGCCUUUUCGAUUGUAUUCACAAGAGGAAUACGAGGAAGGUUAGCAAUAGAAGUGGAGUUAAAUUGGUGAGAGGUUUACUACUGUCAGAGUAUGAGUAGAAGUAGAGUAGAGACAUUGUGUAAGAUAUAUAUAGAUAUAUAGACAUGUAUACUUUCGAGGAGCCAGUGUUAAGAGGGAAGCGGAGGAUAAAGCGUGAGAGGAGCUCGGUAGGGUUGUUAAAGGGAUGGGGUAGUGCCGGAAGGUUAAUUGCCUCUCGUGGCAUCUCGCGGGUUCUAAGCUCGGGACGUACAGCCGUCUCUCGGGGUCGCUCGUUCGGAUUACGACAAGGGCCACGGGACAACGCCUUCUCACCCUCAGUACCUCUGCCUCAACCUCUGCCUACCUUGUGCCUAUACUCCCUUCUAUUACAACCACAUCUAUAUAUAUAUAUAUAUAUAUAUAUAUAUAUAUAUAUAUAUAGACAUUUACAUAGACUACCUAGCAUCCUACUGUUACUACUAUUACUACUACUGGUUCGUUCUGUGGUAUGUAACCCCAGAUCUACGGGCGCCUUAAGCCCGCUCUGCAAAUUCCCACUUGAAUUCAGGCUUCUCUAUAACUUUAUUUGUUUAUUUUAUUUAAUCAGCUUAUUUUUUAAUUACCAUAUUUUUAAAUCCUGUGUAUUUAUUAAUUUUAUAAAAUUUUUAUUUUCGAUUUUUGGUGAAACUAAUUUUAAAUCGAUUUUUAAAUGACUCGAAGUUAAAAAAAGAAUCAUUGUUUUAAAUAAAAAUAAUUAUUUAAAUGAAAUAAUUAUAAAUGCAAAUUAAAUGUACAUUGAUAAACAAAAUUAAUAUAUACAUAUAUAUGUAUUGUAAAUGAAAUGCAAACGUAAAUUUUAGUAAAUACCUCGAGGCAGCCUUAAAACUCAUCGUGUCAAUUCGAUUUAAUUGAGAAACUUUUAAAAUUAAAAUAUACAUUCGUCAAGACAAAUAACACUAUAUAUAUAUAUAAAGAUAAGAUUAUACGGUCGUCUGGCACUUGGAUUAUCGUUUGGGUGAGGCACUCGGUGCGGUUGUUUGCCUUGUCGAUCGUAUGAAUUACUCACUCAUCCUUUCUCACCCUCUUUCUCCUCAUUCUCCUGGCUCUACUCUUAAAGCUCUGCUCUUGCUUUCCUCACUCAUCUCUUUUACCUUUACUCUACGUUGCUAUCCAACUACGACUUGUGCAUACACCAGUGCACACAAAUGCUAAUUAAUAAAAGCAACCUUCAAAGAUCCACAUUAUAAGGACUAGAAAUAAUAUUACCCGCUAAAAAAAUUAACUAAACAUUUUUUAUCGCUACCAACAUACGCAGGAAAUAAAUAUUAAUGUAAAAAAAAAAUUUUUAAUAUAAAACCGACGUAAAAACCAUCUUAUUAGAGUUAAUCUCGGAUUUUAACUUGCGCCUCCCUUUUAAGCCGCUUCUCUAAUAUUUCUAUCAUUUUUAUUAUUAUUAUUAUUAUUAUUAUUAUUAUUAUUAUUAUUAUUAUUAUUAUUAUUAUUAUUAUUAUUAUUAUUAUUAUUAUUAUUAUUAUUAUUAUCAUUAUUUUUAUGAUUAUCGUUAUUAUUAUUGAUAUUAAUACGAUUCAAGUCAAGUGGCUCAGCAUUACAUUUUUUUUAUAAUCAACAUUACUAGAUCUAAGUACUUUAGCAUUAUCAUUAUUAUUAAAAAUAAUAAUUAUUAUUAUUGUAAUUAUAUAGAAGCUGAAAUGUAUAAGCUGCUUUUUGGUGCGUGGGUAGAAAGUCAAUUAUUAUCCACAUUGCAAAAUUAAUUUCAUUUUUUUUUUUUUUUAUUUGACAAUUUUCCAUUAAAAUGUCAAAACUAAAAAAAAAAAUAUAAUAUUUUGAUAAUUUUUAUACAUCAAUUAAAUUUAGUAAUUAAAAAAAAAAUUUUAAAUUUAAUUUUAUGUCAAAUUACUUAUAUCAAAAACUUGAAAAAAAAAAUUCUAUUAAGGAUAAAAAACAGAAAGUAAAGAAACGGUUUUUUACGCGAAUUGGAAAAGACAGAAAGAUUGAAAAAUAAAAUAGUAAAAAAAGUUAAUAAAAACAAAAAUAAUAAAAAAGGUAACAUUGGAAUUCUGUCUGUUCUCUCGCACCAUCUUAUAGCUGAGAGCAUUUCAGAGUAUAACAAAAAAAGCACUUUCCAUCGAGUUAAUUGAAUCGCCGUCUUAACCUGGCGCCCAACCUACGCCAAGAUUUUCUAUAACUCAAUGGAAACUGUCUUGAGCGACUAAAAUUAUAAAAUACAAAGCGACAAACAAUUUCAUUUAUAUUAUAAAUAUAAUGAUACACAUCUUUAUCUCCACUAUAGGUGUAAGCGAUAUCAUUCAAAUUAAUUGUUUAUUUUUAUUUUUUUUCUUCAAUAUCUGCCGGAGAGUUUUAACGAACCGUCAGAUUAAUUUAAAUAAAUUGAUAUUAAUAUUGGGCUCGAGGACGAUUUACGCGACAAUUAAAUUACUUAUUUUUUUUUUUAAUUUACAUUGUCUCCAGUCACUUGUCCUCGAGCCUGAGGUGCGCCUAAAAAUAUGUUACUAAUUAUUUUAACAAAUUUUCUCUGUACUUUGACUUUACUAAAUAACUAAAAUAAUUAAUAACAGUAACAGUAAAUAUUAAACAUUAAAUCAAGAGUCACGUACAGAGUUAAUUUGAAUUGUGAUUGGUAUUGCACCAAAAUUGCUUAUUUAUUAUAAUUAUUAUUAUCAUAAUUAAUAUCAGUUGCGCAUGGAGCUUACGCAAAUGCUCUCUAUUUGUAAGAUCCACCGUGUAAGGUCCGCUUGAGACAAUUAAAUGUCACAAUUAACAUAAUAAAAAAUAUGAAUAAUUAAAAAGUAAUUAAUAAUUAAUGAAAUAUGUAAUAAUGAAUUGCAAGACUAUUUCUUGUGGCUGAAUAUGCAACGCCGAAUUUUCUACGCUCUUUUUUUUUAUGACUGAGUUUUACUCUUGUACGCUAAACAUUAUCGGUACCAGUGUACAUAGAUUGUGUGGUAAAGAGAUAAAUAAACUCAUUUUUAUAACUAA